AAAGUAAUUUUGAAAUCAGCUGUGGCAACCUUUUCGAUCGACGAGAACACUGUUUUUGAACAAUUUAUUUUGCAAUUUCCUCCAUAGUCUCCGUACCGAAAUAAUUAUUGCGAGAUUAAUCGUCUAGUGCGGCGAAUGGCGCAAAGGGCCAUUUAAAUGUCCGGCAAAGCGAAGGUCACGUUGUUGGAAGGCUUCACGAAAAUUUUCCGCCACUUCUUGCAAGAGCUGCACCAGUCAGAAGUGAUUUUGGAUUAUGCAUUUAGCAUCAAAACUGAGAGCAUCAGCGACACGCAGGACUGCGUUUCAAUCCUUGUGACGGCGCUGCAAGAUCUGCAGAUUGGGAUAAAUGAUAUCAUUGUGCAGUCACAGCGGCCACCGAUCAACUGGUGUAAGGAGGAAAUUAUCUCACCUCUGAAUGAGGUUCCACUUGACGAUCCAUUCCAUGACGCGGAAAAUUUUGUGUCGGACGAAACGCAGCAGCUGGACGCAGCCGGGCUACUGGUGCACUGGGACGACAAGCAAGAGGCCACCGAGGAGCCGGUUAUAGUGAUAAAAAAUAUAGACAAGGAUGCCGCCUCGCUGGAGGUGCUCAAUUCCGUUUUCGACGCUGUCAGCGAGAAGAGCUGGACUGAGAGUGAGCCCCAAGAGCCUUUAGAUGAGGAACAGCAGUUUGAGUGCCUUAACUGUAACGAGACCUUUUCCGACGCUGGAAAGCUCGAGGCGCACAGAGCCAAAAAUCACACUCUGCCCACUGCAUGUGACCUCUGCGGAAAAGCUUUAUCUUCGGUGUCAGCGCUUCAAGCACACUGCAAAAAAGAGCACGGCGGUGCCGGCUGUUUCUCAUGUCCGACGUGCAAGAAAAGAUUCAUGCUGCGCCUCAGCUACGACCGACACUUGAAGACCCACAACCCGUCGCUCACCGCUGUUUGUGAGAUAUGCGGUAAGGCGUUCAAAAGGGCCGACUACAUGAAGCGUCACUACAUGAUGCACUCGCAGAAGAAGCCUCACAAGUGCGACAAAUGCGAGAAAACCUUCAGUAAUCCAUCUUCAUUAAAAAUACAUAAAAAUCAAGUGCACGACCAAGUGAAAGAGCAUUCUUGUGAAAAGUGUGGAAAGAAGUUCGCCAGAGCUGACAAACUGAAGGACCACAUGAAACGGCACGAUAACGUCAGGAGUCACUCCUGCGAAUUCUGCGGCCGGAAAUAUGUGGAAAAGAGGGAUCUCCGAAAGCAUCUGGAGAAGUGUGGCAUGAACAAGUCUGUGAUGGACAAGGCAAAUAUUGCAAAGCACGCUGAUCCAACUUGAAUUAAGAAUUAAAUUUUUG